AUGUCUGAUAUCCGCAUUCAAUCCCAAUCGCUGGACGACAAGCUCGUUGCAACGGUCUCGGGGAUGCUCAUCUCCGCUGGCGUACCAAAUAUUCUCUGGGGCAACUAUUUACUGACUAUCUACGGGAUCCCCGCCAUCGGUGUGGCCUUCGUUGUAGCCGAUGACUUGACGGCAACUGCCUCAUCCUCUCUUCAAAAAGCCGGUUUUUCUGCCUGUCUUGUGAUAUCGAUAUACUGUAAGUCCGACGUGCUAUGGGAGCUAUCCUGGUCCGACCUCAUCAGUGCUUCGGACCCUAGACUCCCAUCAGCAGUCCUCGGCCGUGGUCGAGGGCGCUUCGCCCCCGAGUGCGACUCUGUGCAAGUCCCACAUCCUGUUCAAUAUUGCGAGAGCUUGAUUCUGUUACUUUGUCGUGAUCACGGCACCAGAUCUGCAAAUUACUGGAUGGCGAUGCUCUCUUAUAUUCUGGAAUAUGUGGAUGUGGAUGAAACGGAUGUUUUCGAUGAGAACAGUCUUGGGUGA